GCUCGGCAAAACGACCAGUCGAACAUUCCCUACGACCGUGCCGUCAUUGUCGCUCUUGAGCAUUCCGUGAAUCAUCGAUGGAAGCCCAGGCGAGUUUCGUGGGGCGACUUUUGUUUACCUCAUGAGAUCCGCUAAAAGUGGCAUGAUUGUCACCCGCAGCGAACGUCCCCGCGAUUUCUAGGGCCGAUUUUGCUCAUGAGACAACUGCAGCGUGCACUGGUUCUCCACGGGGAAAAGGACCCCCAUUUCAUGUCACAAGGUUCACUUCCAUCCGGUCCAUUCACGUGGAUUUGGCCUAUAAAAUGGUUCUCUCACGCCCGUUAUCCCACACCGUGCUUCGGCGCAAGGAUCAUAACUAGUUCAUGUACACCAUACCCUUCCAGUGAUCAUCUCAUCACCGAACAAAGUACCAACCUCCCCUCAUGUGUUUGAAGUGAGACAUUGCAACCAUGCGCAAAUACGUCCUAGCCGGCUGCGACGGAAACCUCGGCAGCGUAGCCGCUUCCCACGCCCUCUCGCUCCUCGGCCCGGAGGACGAGCUUGUCCUCACCAGCCACAGACCCGGCUGGGUGAACGACGACCUCAUGGCCGAGGCCAAUGCCAAAGGCGCCAAGCUCUUCUUGCUCAACUAUGACGACCCAGUCCAUCUUGUGCGCGUCUUCGCUGGCGCCGAGGCCGUAGCCUUCAUCUCCACCUGGGAGAUCGGCAAGGGCCGGCGCAGGCAGCACAAGAACGUCAUCGACGCCGCCAAGGCCGCGGGCGUGCGGCGCAUCGUCUACACGAGCUUCGUCGGGGCUGACCUCGGCGACGGCGGCGAGGACAUGCCCUUCCUAUCGCGGGACCACGCUUUCACCGAGGCUUUGAUCCGGGAGAGUGGCUUGGAAUACAACAUUCAGCGGAACUACCUGCAGAUGGAUAAGAUCCCGCAGCUGUACGUGAAAAGCUGGGGCUUUGCUGGCGAUAGGUGGUUGUCCAAUGAUGCCGAUGAGAAGGCCGCCUUUGUUGCGAAAGAUGACUGUGGGCGCGUACUAGGUGCGCUUUUGAUGGGCAAGGGCGAGCCUAAUACGGUCUACACCGUCACUGGGCCCGAGGCUGUGACAAAUAGGGAGAUUUUCGAGUGGAUGGCGAACCAGAGUGGCUACAAGGGGACCUUCGAGAAUCUGAGCGACGAGGCGCUUGAGAAGUGGUGGAAAGCAAAGGGUUUGCCCUAUGAUGUGACUGGGGACUUUUCGAAGACGCCCUGCAAAGUGUGCAUGUUGGAUCUGCUGUGCCGUGGGCAAAUAGUUGCCGGGGGCCACAUGAAGAAGACGACGGACGCCGUGGAGAGAUUAACGGGAAGAAAGCCAGCCGGUUUUCGCGAGUAUCUGCUCAGGUACAAGGACUCAUUCCCAAAGUCUGAAUAGCCACUCGAUGUUAGCCUUUAAAAAAGGGUGCUAGUACAAUAAGAAUAAUAUUUGAAAUACA